GGCGGUGAGGGGGCGCGAGCGGCGGAUUCUCUCAUCCAUCCGUCCGAGGAACAGAGCCUCGCCUCGCCUCGCCUCCUCACCCCGGAGGAGAACAUACUGAGGGAAACUGUGGAAAAUUUCAGGUGGUGUGUGUGGUUUUCCAAGCCGGGCGUCGUGUCUUGUGUGUGUGUUUGGGAAAACUCGAGCGGGGCUAAAACUUUGUGACAGGACUUUUCACUGCAGCCACUGUGGAGACUGAGUGCGCUCGGCUUUUCUGUGCGCGCGCUGGAUCGUGGCAAAUUCUAUUGUAAUGUUAAACUCAAAAUGUCCGAACUGGGAAAAGGGCUGACAGACGAUUACACACAAGACUGUUUCACUCAUUUUCAAGUUUAACCCUUUUUCUUCGUUCUCGGCUUGCGGGGGAUGUUUUUAUCUGUCGUGUCUGAGGGAAGAAAAGGACAGAGCAGCCCGCGGGACAUCCUUUCUUUCCUGCCAGCGCUUUUCGCUGGACCAAGUUCGCCCAGGAUUAGCUGACUUUCGGAGAGAGACUAUGGCCGGAAACUCGCUGUUCGUUGAGGCUUUCCUGCACGGCGGAGCUCCGUGGGGCUUCACACUCAAAGGCGGCCUUGAACGCGGCGAACCGUUAAUCAUCUCCAAGGUAGAGGAGGGUGGUAAAGCUGGGUCUCUACAGCGCCCCCUGCUCGUUGGGGAUGAAGUGGUCAUCAUCAACGGCGUGGAGCUGAGUGGGUUCAGGCAGGAGGCCAUCUCUCUGGUCAAAGGAUCCUAUAAAACUCUCCAACUCACAGUGCUCAGAGAGCACUGUGCAGAUUUAUGCUGUACCGAGUCCCGUACGGCGUCGCCUUGCCAUCGAGCCGAUACAGACCAAUGCAGCGGAGGAGUUCAGAUACGCGUCAAACACAGGAGCGGUGAGCCCGGGUCCCGUCCCCAUUCCUGGCACUCCACUAAGCUGGGUGAGGGCCCUCUGGACUCUGACAGCAUGAUGCAGAUAUCUCAGGGUGCCAUGGGGGCUCCCUGGCACCAAAGCUACCAUGGCAGUGCCUCCACCACAGACCUGUCAGGUUAUGAUGCAGGAUUUCUGAGGAAAAGUCCAGACCAGUACAGUUCAAGGGGAAGCAUGGAGAGCCUAGAUCAUUCACACCCUGCUUACAGUUCCUGCAAUCAGCUGUCUGUCUCCAAAUCCUCCAACAGCAUUGACCAUCUGCACAGCAAACGUGAUUCUGCGUAUAGUUCCUUCUCUACCAGCUCGAGUAUCCCAGAAUACCUUGCAGCUGGGCCAUCAUUCAGCAAGGAGCGGUCUUACUCCAUGGACAGUGUUCAACAUAGAACUGCAGAGGGCAUACAUCAGGCAGAUAUUCGCUAUGUCCGCGCUGUCUAUGACUCUCAACAAGGCGUGUCUUCAGAGCAUGAGGUCCUUUCCGCAGCAAUUGUAAAAACUAAUGAGAGCAAAGCACAGUCAAGAUGUGGAAGCGUACAGGGCAGCAUUUGUCACUGUUCCAACAGUACCAGUGGCAGUAGCAGUGGUUGUGGUACAGUCACAGCUCAUCGUCACAGUGCGGGACCAGUAUGGGGUCAAACACACAAUGGCAACUCUUAUGAAAACCUGAAGGGGGUACCUUCACCUCCCUUACGUAGUGACAGCUAUGCAGCCACCCGGAACCAUGAGCGGCCCAGCUCAUGGUCCAGUCUUGAGCAGGGUCGGUCUUUGCGGGCUCUUCACAAAGGUUCUUGGCAUCACUCCAGUGGCUCUGUGGCAUCAGGAAAAUCAACAUUUGGAAUAGAGGGUCAACUUCACACUGUAAUUGAAAAGAGUCCUGAGAGUAGCCCAACAAUUAAACCCAAGCAAAGCCUUCCACCUUUAUCGCAGCCUGGGUCAACCAUGUUGCCCACUGGCAUCUAUCCUGUUCCACUGCCAGAACCCCAUUUUGCACAGAUACCAACUACAAACCCCAGCUCUAGUAGUGUGUACCCAGCACUUGCCAAGGAGAGCAAACCCAUUCCUCAAAAAGAACACUGUGGAGGAGUAGACUCUGGUGUUAGGAUGGCAGCAGAAGAUGGAUACCAAAGCACUGCUUCCUACUCCGGCUCUGUCCAAUCACAACCGAAACAACAAAACCAGGUGAAAGAUGACCCACAGAGCAAAUGUGGCUAUUACAGGUCUCAUUUCCAAACACAGGGGUCCAAGCCCCCAGUGAUGUCUAUAGGCCAGGAAAGAAAGGACCCUUACACCCCUGUUCAGCCAAGGCGAGAGAAGCCCAGAUACUCACAUGGCAUGGAUAUUAUGGAACCUUACAGACAACCUAGACAGGAAGAGCUAAGCAGAUGUCAAGAACAGAAUGUCCAUCCACAACCAUUUUAUUCAUCGUGUGACGUUUUACAGGAACAUGCUCAACCUCAAGGAAGUGAUCAAAGAAUCAACACUUCAGGUAGGUUCCACAAUGAAUCCAGCACCUAUCAACAGAGGGACCAAGAUCUGGAUCAUCCCCUCACCCGACUUGAGAAUGCCCUAGCAGAGGUCCAGAGAUGUGCAAGCCCACAGAGUACUACUAGCCAUUGCAGCAUCCAAAGUGAACAUAGCAUGUCCGUAAUGGAGAAAAUCAGUCACUUUGAGAGACAGCAGACCAAACCACGUAGUCACAGUCAUAGCGUCUCCAGUUACAGUUCCUCAGUUUGUCCAAGUCAGGCUACCCAUAGUGCCAAGAGGUCUCUGUCUGGGCUGAAAGAUCUGCAAAAAGGGUAUGUCCCUCGAGGGAGAAAUUGGAGUACCAGCCAUGAGGAAAAUAUAGAAUCAUCACAGGACUUGCAACCUAGGUAUGUGAGCACUGAUCAAGCUCAGCAUAGGAAACCACAUGACCUACAACGAAGCAAGAGUUCUUUCCAACUUAAUGGGGAACAUGGCAAAGACUUUCAUAGGAGCAAGAGCACCUUUCAUCUUGAGGAAAACAGCAAAGCCAUCCAAUGGAAAGAAGACCAUCAGGACAUCUUGGGCACAGUUCCUGACACUACCUUUACUCAAGCCUACAGAGAUAGCAUCAAAGAUGCUCAGUCCAAGGUGCUGAGAUCCACUUCAUUCCGAAGACGAGACUUGAGCAUAAAUCCUCCUCCUGUGCCUGUGAAGCACAUGUCCCUGGAUAGGAAGGCAAACAAUAUGAGCUCCAAACCCAUCACCUCUCCACACACUCCUAAAGAACGGCAUGUUAUUCCUGUUGAACUACCAGACAAGACCAAUGCUCCUGAGCUUCCAAAAGUCCCUCCUGUAGGGCCUCCAGUUAUGCGAAUAUGUGGACGAAAACGACUUACCAUGGAACAAAAGAAACUGUCAUACUCUGAGCCUGAGAACCUUCAUGAGGUUGGUGCGUCUGAUCAAGAGUCUGGCCUAUUUCAAAGGAAGGCACCACCGCAAUUCCAACUUCCUGAGACAAGUGUUGCAGAUCGACGAAGGAUGUUUGAACUUGUAGCUACUCGUAAUGCAGGUACUAAAUUGACCACCUCAAGACCUGACUUAAAGCAGAUGCAGCAAGAUGCUUUGGCCGACUACGUGGAGCGCAAAACUGGUCGACGGAUGGAUGGACGUCCUCAUCGUCCUCAUAGUGCCUACAUGCAAUCAACUUCCUGUUCAUCCAUGGACUCACAAAGCCGAACCUCCACCACUAGCAUGGGCUCUCUUCAGGAGCCAGGACAAGAGAGUGUCUCUGAAGUUAACUGCCAGUCCUUCACUGUUACAGCCAAUGUGCAAUAUCCAUUGCACUCCAACAGGAACACCCAAACUCAGGUUCAAUCUGAAAUUUCUCAGUCUGCCUUUAGACCACAGAGUGCAGAACCACAGAAAGCAGAAAGGCAAGCAAAGAGAACCAUUCCAGGUCCAGCCUUGGUUCGCCUCCCCAGUGCCCCUACUAAUCAUUGCUUGAAUGAAGUUUUUGAAAGAGCUGUUCCAGCCAGAGGCUCAGGGAGAUCAGCUUCUGCAGAGGACCUCUUGGAUCACAAUCAAGGUCGUCCUGUUUCUCAACACUUCAGAUCAAAAUCCUCUCCAGCUGUGGAGAACCACAAUCUGGAUGCCUUGGCUGGAGAUCUCAAAUUGUUCAGGAGUGUUUCUCAAGAAAACAGAGCCUCAAGGAGUAUGGCACCUGAGCAAAAGUCAUCAAGUGAAGUUGGUCUGGAGCAGAGCUGUCUGCUGAACCCAGGUCUGAAUCAGUUGAACCCACCUGUGAUGAGGAGGGAGCGACAACGCCAUUCAGACCGACCCAAAUCCCACAGCGCCUCAGGCCUAGCAGCUUCUGUCGGCUUGCCCUGUCCUUUCUCCUCUUCAGAGUGGCACAAUACCAGCAUGACACAAUGCCAACCCAACUUAGAUGCCAUUACUUUCCCAGGCACUGUCCCUGAAAAUCUAACAAGUUCAUUGUCAGGAAUGGACAAUCAAAAUUCUGCCAGUGCCAGUAGUUCCAAAGAUACUCCAAAUGACUCAGAGAAGACAGCCCCUGACCUUUCAACUUCACACCAAGAAGACACAGAGUCACUCGCAUCUUUGUCUUUCAACCCACCUCACAGGCCAUGCCAUUCUGGAUUGCCCACUUUUCCCAAAGGCUCCACCUCUCCCAUUAGGUCCCUCCACUCUCUACGGAUCUCAGAGUCGAGUAUGGGCUUUGCUUCACCUGCAACUGUUUCACAGGAGGAGGAUGAAGUGUUUUUAACUCCACCCUCUCCACUACUACACCCACUGUCAAGCAGAGAAGGAAACUUCCCUGAGGAACCUCCAGUUCCUUACCCAUCAGCCCAGCCUCAAAUAAAGGAAGAUUCACGUAAUGACAUCAUAGUGUCUCAAGAAUCACAAAAGCUGAACAGCAUCUCUGAGCAUCCAUCUGUCCCAACCGCCCACCAAGAGAGAGACGGUCAAUUACAUAACCUCUCAUCCCUGUCAGUAACCUCUGAGCCCCAAAUCACCAAUGUCCCUGCUGCGAUCGCUGAAGCUGAGGCAGAAGAGCUUUCAGAAAGCCCUGAGUCGCUAUUGCUGGCCAGGAGGGAGCGCUCGGAGGCGGAGGUGCAAGUGGAGACUCUGGCCCGAGAGCUGGUGAGCCGAGAUGAGGCUCUCGCUCCUCUUCUGGACAUCUGGGCAAGCACCACUACACUUGACUUGAUGCAGGACAUCUUUCCCUCCUGUUCGUCUGCUCCACGGCACCAAGUGAAGAACAGCAGCAGUCAUACAGGUGACAGUGCUCAGAACACGGCGUGUGUUGCUCCUGAGGCUCGUGUGAAAGCCGUUCAGGGAGAGAUGGAGACUGAUCUGGAUGAAGAAGAGUCAAAUUUGAAUGAGAAGAAGGUGCAGCUCCUGCAGGCUCUGACCGUGAGCGUAGCGGCAUUGCGGAUGGAGAGAGAGAGACUGGCUGAGGAGCAGCAGUGCUAUAGUGCUCUGGGCUGCAGGAUAGAGGCGCUGGUUCAGGAGCACUGCAAACCCAACGAGACUGAGAAGUACCAUAUGUUUAUUGGCGACUUAGAAAAAAUCGUCAACCUGCUGCUUUCUCUGAGCGGACGUCUGACACGUGUGGAGAACGCCCUUAAUGCCCUGCAGGGGGAGCCAGAGAAGGGAAGCACUGAGGAAAGGGCAUCCUUGCAGCAGAAACAAAGGCAGCUGCUCAGUCAACAGGAAGACGCACGUGAGCUGAAGGAAAACCUGGACCGACGUGAGCGCAUUGUGUUCCAGUUCCUGGGUGGAUAUCUGAGCACCGCGCAACUACAUGACUACCGGCGCUACAUUCGUGCCAAACCGGCCCUGCUCAUCCGCCAGCGCCACCUGGACGACCUCAUCCGCCAGGGAGAGGAGCAACUGUGCAGACUAACUGAGAACAUGAACCAUGAGCUCAAUCCCCAAACAGGCUCCGCCCUCUCUUCUUGUAGUGAUUCCAACUCACCAAGACCGACCACUGUGACCUCGCUCUGACUGUCCAUUAGCUCUGAAAGCUGCUGAGGAAAGGGGAGAAGAAAAAAAAAUGACCAUGAAAGUUAGAACGAGAGAGAGACUGUUAUUACUAUUCAAUCACCCCUCACGUGGGGAAGUGCCUUAAGUGAAGGAAUUCAAAACAUGAAGGACAAAUGUUAUUGUUGGCUUUAGGAAGUGUCAAUAGAUAUGUUAGCACUGCAAAUUAUAGAAUACCGCCCUGUGCCUGUCUUAUGGACAGAAAAGGGUUUUCCUGCUUCUGACGUGAUUCAGAAUGAAUAUUCAUGCUGUAGUCUCACAUACACACAAUGUAACGGAUGACUCUACUGCUAAAAUGAAAUCUAAGAACGGUCUUCAAA